CCGCCAAUAAAAUGUCUUGAUAACACGAGAACUGAAAAAUGACUUUCUGUAUUGAAUAGUUGGCGUAUCAACAACGUCAUCUGAAGUUUCUUUAGACUCGUAAUAACGUGUUUAACAUAACAAGGAGUUAUCUGUCCAUGAUGCUACGUCACUAUGCCCAGCAGCUCAAUCCCCUUCGCUAUCUAACGUCAGCGAACCUCAUCUCUCGGAUAACUCCACAGUCCCAGAGCAUCACUCUGUCCACGGACUGCAGCAGUGAUGAGGUGAGCAAGGCUCAGUCUGCAGCCAAGUACACCGGACAACCAACCAUCUUCUCCAAGAUCCUGGACAAAACUAUACCAGCCAACAUACUGUAUGAAGACGACCAGUGUAUGGCGUUUGCUGAUGUCAACCCACAAGCUCCGGUCCAUUUCCUGGUUAUUCCCCGGAAACCUAUAGUGAUGUUGAGUGAAGCAGGUGAUGAGGAUGAAAAGCUGCUGGGCCAUCUGAUGGUUGUGGCUAAGAAAGUAGCAGAGAAACAGAAGCUUGAUGAAGGCUACAGACUGGUGAUAAACAACGGCAAGCAUGGCGCACAGUCUGUCUACCAUCUUCACAUCCACAUCAUUGGGGGACGACAGAUGUCAUGGCCACCAGGGUAGAGGACGGUGUCGGGUUGAUACUGGGUUGGGAUGGGGCAACAUCUGCUCACAUGGAAAUCUCUAGUGAAUUAAUUACCCGGUACUAAUUAUUUACUCUAAUGAUCUGCUGACUGAAAAAUUCAUAAAAGGGAAAUAAAAUUAGGUUUCUAAGAGAUAUUUUGUUCCUGUUAAAUAAUUUCAGUACUGAAAAAAAUAGUUCAGUAUAGAUGAAUAUCAUAAGUGGAAAAAUACUUUUGGAUUUUUCUGAAACUCUUUUCUUUUCUUUUCUUUUCUAUCUCCACUAACAAUUAAGUGUGAGAUCACUUAUAUAUGUUAUGCUUUUUGUUUAUAUUUUGACCAACCCUGCAGUUUUUUAACAAGACAUGCUGAUAAGGAGGUUUGAAAACGGGUGAUCUAACUAUGUGCUUUUAUUUGUCGGAGUCAAACUGAAAUAGUUUUGAUUAUGUAUUGAGCAAAGGAUAUUUCCUAGUUCAUUUUUGGGGUGUUACAGGAUUCAAAGCUCCAAACAAGGUUGAUUGUGAUGCAUGCAAUGUUUGAAGUUCAGUUUAAUGGCUUCCCGCAUAUAGCUGUGUAAUCAGAGGUAUGCUUGUGGCUGAAGUAGGGUUGAUUCAGUGAGUGUAAUAACUUUGUAACCAGUAUAUCCUCCAAGUGAUGUAAGAAUGGCAUUUGUACAGAAACAAACCUUUUAUACGCGGAAAAUAACCUUUCAUAAUGUGUCUGAUGUACAAUGUGUGUGUAUCUGGAAAUGGAUGUUCAUUUUUAAACAGGUGAAAUAACUUGACCUGUACAGUGUUAGACUACAGGGUGUCACCUGUGCCUGUCACUAAAGUAUCUUACCUGUUGUUAACUGAGAAAUACAUACAUUGAGAUUA